AUGUUAAGAUGUGUUAUCCCAAGCGUUCGCGCUACUGCAACGACCAGAACCUUUGUUAGAUUUGCCAGUUCUCAAGGCUACAUUGAUGGGAUCGCUGCAUUAAAACAAGACUUGAAGAAGGCAAUGCUUGCAAAAGACAACCUAAGAAAGACAACCAUUAGAGGUGUACUAUCUACAAUUAAGAACAAGGAAAUUGACAGUAAGGAUAAGGAUCUAGAUGAAUUUGUAUUGUAUGAUGUGUACGCCAAGUUAAUCUCGCAAAGGAAGGACUCCAUCGCUGAAUUUGUUAAAAAUAAGAGAGAAGAUUUGGUAGAGAAAGAAGCCAAUGAGAUAAAGAUCCUCGAGAAUUAUCAGACUGCCUUGCCUGUUGCUUCUAGGGAGGAAGUAGACGCUCGUGUUGUGCAGAUUUUAACAGAUCUAAAAGAAUCAGAGCCAUCUAUACAAUUGAAGCAGGUCUUCGGAAAAAUUGACUGGAAAACACUACCAGGCGAAUUGAAGGCAUCUCCAGCUGCUAUCAGGUCCAGUAUUAGCUCUCAAUUUAAGAAAGUGUUCCAAUAA